AUGUUGAUGCUGUCGAACUAUAAUACUGAAGCGGCAAAGCGCGAACUUGCCCAACGCAAACUUAUAAAUCGUUCAUGGAAUGCAAUGGAAAUCGUGGCUUUUAAGCAGGGACUGGCUACCUAUGGCAAACGAUUUCACAAAUUCCCAAAACGGGUGGUAGACAGGUCGGUGAAGGAAAUUGUCGACUUCUACUACAAUAAGAAAAAGAAGAACAAUUUCAAAAAGUAUAUUAAGCAUUUCUCGGAAGGUGAUAUCUCCGGGGACGACAGUACGGAUGAAAAUAAUGACGUGCCAGCAGUGGUGGAGAACGAACAGAACUGGUGCAGUAAUUGCGGGACAACUGGACAUCUGCUGACACUGCACGGUUUUUCCGGCAAAAUGCUUUGUUGCGACUGCUACUGUUAUUAUAGCACCAAAGCACGGCGCAUUUACGCACUGUUGAUAGCAUUUUAG